AUGGCAUCUACUCCAGUUGGCAAAAAGCUGAACGAGGGCAAGACGAAGCAGAUCUUCGAGCUCGCGGAUCAGCCCGGGCUGGUACUGGUUCAGUCCAAAGACCAAAUCACGGCUGGGAAUGCGGUGAGGAAGGAUCAGAUGGAGGGGAAGGCUGCCAUCGCCAACAAGACUACGAGCUCCGUGUUUAAGCUGCUGCAAGAAUCUGGUGUUAAAACGGCCUUUGUAAAACAACACUCUGACACCGCGUUCAUUGCAGCACAUUGCGAAAUGAUUCCAAUUGAGUGGGUUUGUCGACGUAUCGCUACUGGUUCCUUUCUAAAAAGAAAUCCAGGGGUCAAGGAGGGCUACCGCUUUUCUCCUCUGAAGAUGGAAAUGUUCUUCAAGGACGACGCCAACAAUGAUCCUCAGUGGUCAGAGGAGCAGAUCCUUGCUGCCAAUUUCAACCUUGCUGGACUCACUAUUGGUAAAUGCGAGGUGGACAUCAUGAGUCGCAGCACUGUGGCAAUUUUUGAGAUUCUGGAGAAAGCCUGGUCUACUCUGGACUGUACUCUUGUGGAUAUGAAGAUUGAGUUUGGCGUGAACGUAAAAACUCAAGAGAUUAUCCUGGCUGAUGUAAUUGACAAUGACUCCUGGAGGUUGUGGCCAUCAGGUGACCGAAGCCAACAAAAAGACAAGCAGGUGUAUCGAGAUCUCAAAGAGGUUACGCCUGAAGCGAUGCAAAUGGUGAAGAGAAACUUUGAGUGGGUUGCAGAGAGGGUGCAGCUUCUGCAUGACUCUCAAGUGAAUGGCAGAGUGGUUGUCUUGAUGGGAUCCACCUCAGACAUGGCUCACUGUGAAAAGAUUAAGAAGGCCUGCACGACCUAUGGCAUUCCCUGCAUUUUGAGAGUGACUUCUGCGCACAAGGGCCCAGACGAGACCCUCCGCAUUAAGGCUGAAUACGAAGGUGACUGUGUGCCCACUGUGUUUGUGGCUGUUGCUGGGAGAAGUAACGGCCUUGGUCCAGUCAUGUCCGGUAACACUGCAUUCCCGGUGAUCAACUGUCCUCCUCUCACUCCAGACUGGGGAGCUCAGGAUGUGUGGUCGUCUCUCCGAAUGCCAAGUGGUCUGGGCUGCUCCACUGUUCUUUCUCCCGAUGCUGCGGCUCAAUUUGCUGCACAGAUUUUCGGACUCUCCAAUCACCUGGUGUGGUGCAAGCUCAGGGCGUCCAUGCUCAACACCUGGGUCUCUCUGAAGCUGGCUGACAAAAAACUUCAAGAUUGUUGCAUCUAA